AAGCCGUUGGAUUGAGACAUAGCCCUACUUCCCCUGUUUCUUAUCUUUCCAUGGCUGCAAUCCAGCUCGUCGCGAAUCGCGCUCCAUGCCCGCCGGCGACGAUCGGCACUUCCAGGUUCGUGGGCAGCGAGAGAUUCACGAAGAAAUCUAGCAGCAGCAGCAGCAAUGGAGGAUUGGGAGUGCUUCGAAUCAAGAAAAGAGUCGCGGCGACGACAGCCAUGGCCGGGGAGCUCGCCUCCAAUGCAGCAUCUGUCUCGAGCAGCGCAAUGUCGGAUUUCGCAGACAUGCAAGAGCGCCGGUUCCGGGAUGAUAUGAUGGUCAUCAUGGAUCGCGAUGGAUUCCCAGCCGAGAUCAGGCCCAAGAUCGCCGACCUUUGCACGCCGGUGUUUAGGAGGUACUGCGCGGCUUACAAGGGCACUGUUCCUCCGGAGCCAUUCGUAGAGAUGAGGCGGUCGCUGGAAGAGGCGGAGAUUGAGCGCUACGUCGACGUUUUGUGCGCAGCGAUUGGAUGGGCGCGGUGGAACAUGGCCAAAGAUUUCCGGGCCUGGUAUGCAACUCUCAAGUAGAGCGUGUGGGAUCAAAGUUUUAUACGAGAGACUUUUUACUUUCUCCGAGACAAGAUGGAUCUCUUCUUCGCCCACAGGCCUUAGAGAUCCAAAACGAAAAUCUAAAGUAAAAGCUGCAUUUAUCAAGGGCUUGGUAAUUGCCAUGCCAUGG